AUGACAAGAGAUAUCAGAAACCACUUAUUGUUUGAAGUAGCUACAGAGGUAGCUAACAGAGUUGGUGGUAUUUACUCUGUUUUAAAGAGUAAGGCACCUGUCACCACUGCCCAAUACAAAAACAAUUACCAUUUAAUAGGCCCAUUAAAUAAACAAACCUACGAAUUGGAGGUUGAAAAAUUAGAUUGGACUGAUGAUUCUAUUUUUGAUAAAUACAAUAUUGGCGAGAUCAAAACUGUGUUAACUAAUAUGCAUGAAAGAGGUGUUAAUUUUGUUUAUGCCAGAUGGUUGAUUGAAGGUGCACCACGUGUUAUUUUGUUUGACUUGGACAGUGUGCGUCACUACUUAAAUGAUUGGAAGGGUGAUAUAUGGGAAUUGUCUGGCAUUCCUAGUCCUGAAAAUGACACAGAGACAAACGAUGCCAUAUUGUUAGGGUACACUGUUGCGUGGUUUUUGGGCGAGCUGGCACACGUUGACACAAAACAAGCCAUCAUUGCUCAUUUCCAUGAAUGGCUAGCUGGUGUUGCUAUACCUAUUUGCCGUAAGAAAAGGAUCGAUGUUGUUACUAUUUUUACUACCCAUGCCACUUUGUUGGGUAGGUAUUUGUGUGCUGGUAACGUAGAUUUUUACAAUAACCUAGAUAAGUUUGAUUGUGAUGCAGAGGCUGGGAAAAGAGGUAUUUAUCACCGUUAUUGUAUUGAGCGUGCAGCUGCUCAUUCUGCAGAUGUGUUUACCACUGUUUCUCAGAUUACCGCUUUAGAGGCUGAGCAUUUGUUAAAACGGAAGCCAGAUGGUAUUUUACCUAAUGGGUUAAACGUUGUCAAGUUUCAAGCUGUUCAUGAGUUUCAGAAUUUGCAUGCUCAGAAGAAGGAGAAAAUCAAUGAGUUUAUCAGAGGCCAUUUUUGUGGUCAUUUUGAUUUUGAUUUGGAAAAUACGUUGUACUUUUUCAUUGCCGGUAGAUAUGAGUACAGGAAUAAGGGUGCGGACUUUUUCAUCGAAAGUUUAGCUCGUUUGAACUAUAGAUUGAAGGUUUCCGGGUCUAAAAUGACUGUUGUUGCGUUCAUUAUCAUGCCAGCUAAGAACCAUUCUUAUACUGUUGAAGCUUUGAGGAACCAGGCUGUUGUCAAGUCGUUGGAAAACACAGUCAAAGAUGUCAGCAAAUCGAUUGAAAAGAGAAUCUUUAAUCAUGCCAUGAAAUAUCCAAAAAUUUCUGAUAGUGGUGUUCCAACUGAAUUGGACGAAAUUUUAAAGAUGGGCGAUAAAGUUUUGUUGAAAAAGAGAAUUUUUGCCUUAAAGAGACCCGACGGUUCUCUGCCUCCAGUGGUGACCCACAAUAUGGUGGAUGAUGCCAACGAUCCAAUUUUGAAGCAGAUUAGAAGCGUGCAGCUAUUCAAUGCACCAGAGGAUCGUGUUAAAAUCAUUUUCCACCCAGAAUUCCUAAGUGCUAAUAAUCCGAUUUUGUCAAUGGAUUAUGAUGAGUUUGUUCGUGGGUGCCAUUUAGGUGUUUUCCCAUCUUAUUAUGAGCCAUGGGGGUACACGCCUGCGGAAUGUACUGUCAUGGGUAUUCCAUCCAUCACUACCAAUUUAUCUGGGUUUGGUGCAUACAUGGAGGAUUUGAUUGAACAAGACCAAGCCAAGGAUUACGGUAUUUAUAUCAUUGAUCGUCGUUUUAAAAGUGCCGAAGAGAGUAUUGAACAGUUGGUUGACGAUAUGGAAAGCUUUGUAAGCAAAACUAGGAGACAAAGAAUCAAUCAAAGAAACAGAACCGAGAGGUUGAGUGAUUUAUUAGAUUGGAAAAGAAUGGGGUUGGAAUAUGUUAAGGCUAGGCAGUUGGCCCUAAGAAGAGCUUAUCCUGAACAAUUUAAGAGUUUGAUUGGGGAGGAUAUUGGUGAUUCGGAUAUUAGAUUCAUGGAUGGCAGUAAGAAGAUUAAGGUUGCCAAGCCAAUGAGUGUUCCUGGAUCUCCAAGAGAUGGCAAUAGUAGAGCGGGUAGUACAGCUGCUAUAUUAAUGACUCCAGGUGACUUGGGUACUUUGCAGGAUGCUAAUAGUGUGGAUGAUUAUUUUAAUUUGUCUUUGGGUGAUGACGAUGAUAAUGAGGGGGGUUAUGAAGAUAAUCUUGGUUAA